ACUGUUUUGCAUGUAGUUGUCCUUAAAAGUCUGCUGUCAGUUCUACAGGACGUUGACAUGAGCCUAGUACGAAAAUCGCUCCUAUCUGUAACCGACUCGGUUGGGUUGGCGGGUUCGUAGGUUAUUCUGCGCACGGAAUUUUAGGGGCAGUGCAUACGGAGUCCAAGAAUUUAGCUGAUCGCGAGACUUAACUGGUGGUUAACCACGUCUGAGUGAUUGAACAAACUCAAACUUGAGACAUAAAAUAACCUACGCUGUCCGUAUAAGAUAUUUAUUGUGCAUACGCUUGCUUUAGAUUCAGUUUCAUUGGCCAAAUCAAAUUUGUAAAUUGAGCAAUAAAUUAGGCUUGGGAUAUUGAGGCUGGGCUCGCGGCAGAAACGUUUUGAAAUGGCAGGACUCUCUUCUAGUUGCAGUGCAAACAUAGGCCUGUACAUUUGGAAGUUUAUCGUUCGCAGAACUGUUCUUUCACGCCCUGUACACAUGCUCCAGUUAUUAUUGUUGCGACAGUCCACGUGAACAGCUUUCCGAAUUACCCUAUGGAGGGCUAUAGACUACUGCCGCAGUUCCCGUCCCUGCAGAGUAGGCUACACUGUAAGCAGAGGGGUGGGGUUGAGGGCCGCCCAUAGCCCUCGUUCUUACAGUAAGAAGAAAAACUAGCCUUUAUCCUCAUUCCGAGUCGCUGUUUUUUUCCCCCGUAAUUCUCUUUGCACCCUGGCCUCGAACCCUAAGUUUUCACCAGACGAAAUGAAGAAAGUUCCACAGCACUUAUUUCCUUUGUGGAGAGGGACUGAGGAGGGGCAGGGCUGGAGCUGGCCUCGCUGUAUAGCAUGGGAGGCCAGAGAGGGGGCUGCGCUGCAGGGCUUUGACUGGCCCGUCUGGUGCGUGCUGUGUCGAGGAGGGAGGGAGAGACUCGAGCAGGUCUGUCGGAGAGCAACGAGUGUCCUCAGACUGCCCACAGACAUGCUCCGCAUCAAGCUUCCUCACCUCUUUGAUAUCCACCAAGUGCCUAAGGUAUUUCAAGAGGACAGCAUCAUAUCUGGCUACCGGCAUCCUCAAAGCUCCGCCAUGGACUGCAUCCGCAGUAGCUUCCAGAUGACCAAUGAGACAGUCAAUAUCUGGACCCACUUCCUGCCAACCUGGUACUUCCUUUGGCGGUUCUGUGGCCUGUGCUCGACGGUGAACUUCCUGGCUGAGAGCUACACGUGGCCGCUGCUCGUCUACAUGCUGCCGGUGUGCCUGUACCCCUUCACGUCCAGCUGCGCUCAUACCUUCAGCACCAUGUCUCCUGCCACGAGACACAUCUGCUACUUCUUUGACUACGGAGCCCUCAGCCUCUAUAGCCUGGGAUGUGCCAUUGCCUAUUGUUUCUAUGUGAUGCCUGAAUGUUGGGUCAACAGUUGGCUCCACCAACAUUUUGUGCUUAUCGCCAUUGCCAACACAGUGUUCUGUACCAGCGUGUCCUGCUACUCCAGGUUCCUGGAACUGCAGUUCCCACACAGGAGUAAAAUAUUACGGACAGGCGCCUUUGUUUUGCCAUUCAUGUUUGAUACCAUCCCCCUUUUUUACAGACUGCUGCUGUGUUUCGGUGGCAGUUGUAACCACCCUGAAGCUCUGUCCAGCCACAGCUACCACCUGCUCUUCGCCUUCCUGACCUGUUUCCUGUUUUCGUCUCACCUGCCCGAGAGGCUGGCGCCAGGCCGCUUCGACUACAUCGGCCACAGCCACCAGCUAUUCCAUGUCUGUGCCGUGGUGGGCACCCACUUCCAGAUGGAGGCUGUGCUGGCUGACAUGUCCUCGCGCCGGGCAUGGCUGGCCGCACACUCUCCCAGCUCUACCUUUCUGGGCACAUUGGGGGCCUUCGCCCUGGCCGUCCUCAUCAACCUGGGCCUCAUCGGCCUGUUCAGCGCCAGCCUCCUGCGUGAGUCUGAGCAGAGCCAGGUGGGCCCCGCCACCCCCCAUACACUACAGGUGUCGCCCGGUAACAAAGAGGAAUGAUGACGCUCCCAGUUCAUGGAGACUCCCACAACACUGCACAGUUUUGGCCAAGUGGUUUAUAUGUACACUUUACAAACAGCUUAGCACUUAAAAUGCAGUCUUUUUUUUGCCAAUGGAUAAGCUUUUGAUGUGGAUGUCUGUGUUAUUUCUUUUUUAAAACUAAAACUCAUACUUACUCCACAUAACUUUGCUUGUAGGCUUGUUUCAGCUGAAGACCCUGAUAUUUAAGAUCUUUCAGUUGGUCAUAGAAUUGUUCUGUGGUACUAAACAAAAACAGUGAGUGUUUUUCAAAUAGCUUAAGCAAGGUCUGGGGUUGAAUGAAGAGAAUCCUGGGUGCUAGGACUGGAUAUCAGCACUGAUAGUCACAUUCGAUUCCAUAGACUUUCAUUUUCAGUUCAGGUUUAUUUAAUGAUAAUUACAAUCAAAUGAUUGAUUUAUGCUAGAGAUUUGAUAAGAAUUAAUGCUGAACAUGGAAAUUAUAGAUAUUGAUGGACUAUUGAAAAGUUGAUGUUAAACUUUGUUGACUGAGCUGAAAUCAGUAACAAAUGCUAAAUCAUCACUGAUACAGCACCAGAAUUUAUAUAUAUA